AUGCUUCUUUCGAUCUGCAACUUUCGGCUUCUUCCGUUUGAUACGGCUCCUUGGACACUUCAGCCUGGUUCGAGCAUUCGCAACUUCAAUGUCCAUAUCGGUUCGACUCAAUGCUUCGACAUUAGUCAUGACUACGAUUUCGACCAAUUCACAAACGAGUUCGCUAAAAUUGCUGCGAUUAAUGACGUGGUCUCUAACUACCGCGUCCUUAUCGCUGACGUUAGCCGCCUGACGGAGCGUGAUGUACCUCAGGCUAUUCAGAUCCAGGGUACAAACGCUGGUUGCCAGGGAACAAAGAUGCUUGUUUUGGUUGUAAGCGAACAAGAGCUCUUCUACGAUCGUCUAACGGGUGAGGUUUUAGAUUUUACCACGGCUUAG